CUUUUCAAUUCCAUACCUUAUAAUAAUUAGCUAGCUUUAUUUAUGUAUGAUAUUGUAUAUAGUGUUCAAUAGUAGCACACCAUAAUAAUAAUUAUUAACUUGUGGUGCAUAUCAUAUACUUCUCAAAUUAAAAAAAAAAAAACUUCCAUUUAUUGCAUUACAACUAUAUAACAUAAAUUUGAUUCAUCAAUGGAGUCAAAAAUCACAAAGAUAUGGGAAAUCAUGCCAUUCAUAGUGAUGGUGAUGAUGGAAGGGUGCACCAUAGCACUUACAAUUUUUGCAAAAACCGAAUUGAAUAAUGGAAUGAGUCCUUUUGUGUUCAUUGUUUAUACCAACGCUCUUGCUACCAUAAUACUCUUUCCUUCUUCAUUUUUAUUACACAACAACGGUGGCAGAAAGGAGCCAACACCAUCUUUUACUUUCUCUUUGUUCAUGAGAUUCUUGCUUCUUGGUUUUACCGGGAUAACAAUGACACAGAGCUUUUCAUUCUUGGGUCUAAGCUAUAGUUCACCAAUACUUGUAUGUGCUAUGGGACUCUUGAUUCCAACCUUUAAUUUCCUCCUGUCACUCAUUUCCAGCAGGGAGAGAGAGUUGAAUUUGAGAAGUAGUGGAUUCCAAGUGGAAGUGAUUGGUGUGAUGGUAUCGAUAAUUGGAGGAGUGGAAGCUGAAUUCUUCAAGGGUCCACUAAUAAGACCAACUUCUUCUGAUGACAAACUUCAAUUCACUAACACUAAUAAUAAUAAUAAGCCACUUUUUGUGUUCUCUUCGGUCCCUGAAUUUUGGGUUCUUGGUGGCAUUUUGCUUGUUAUAAAUAAGAAGACAGUUAAGGAAUAUUCGGAACCAAUGAAGGCGGUUGCAUAUUACUCCUUAAUUGGGACAAUUCUGAGUGCCAUAGUCGCUUGGAUUGUGGAGAGGGAUGAUGCAACUGCUUGGAAGCUCAAUCAUGACAUGCAACUCAUUCUCAUUCUUCUUACUGCACUAUUUGGAGGUGUGAUUCGUCCAAAUAUUCAAAUUUGGUUCACUCGAAUGAAGGGACCAUUUUAUGUGCCAUUGUUCAAGCCCUUUGGUAUUGCAUUUGCCACAACUUUUGGUGUUUGCAUCUUCCCUAACAGCCUCCACUAUGGAAGUGUGUUAGGAGCAGCUAUAAUUGGAAUGGGGUAUUAUACAAUAAUAUGGGGACAAAUGAAAGGAGAAGAAGAAAAAAGAUCUGAUGAAAGUUCAGAUAACUUGGACAAGAAGAUACCUCUUUUGCAAGAAAAGAUGGAAGAAGUGUAAAAAGAAGGGGUUCAAAAUUUCAUUGAUGCGAUGCAGGGGAAGCCACCUUACCUAUUAUCAAGAAGCUUUCUCAAAAUUCUCUUGUACAAAGGAGCUCUCAAUAUCCUUGCAAACUCUGUUAGAAUUCUUUCCCAAGUUGCAAAUAUUUUUUUAUAUGAACUGCAACUUUUGUGUAAAUACAGUUAUUAUAUAAUUUGCCAAAAAAAAAAAGUAGGUUGUAACUGUAAAUAUAGUAUGUAUUGAAUGUUGUAUAUAUUACGUCUUAAUGCCUCUUAAGUCGCA